ACAGUAAAAACUAUUGCCAUUAGUUUCCGUAUCGAUGCAUCACAGUUAAAAGAAAAUGGCGAGAAUGAAAAGACGAGUCUAGCCUUGGGUUCAAAUGGGACACGAAUACAAUCGCAAGGGCAAAAGUGGAAUAAAAGUCCAACAUGAAGCAAAGGGUGUCAACUUUCCUCAGCUCAACGCCGCCUCAUACUACAUCAGAAUAAAUUGGCAUCUCAUCGCCUCUGGGGAUUUUACUUCCUACUAUAUUCACUCAUUCAAACUCCGAUUAAUUGCUCGCCGGAAAUUCAUGGCCACGAUUGCAGCUACCGGAACAGGCAGCCAAAGCGGCAGGGAAGCGCGCCGCCGUCGGAUCCUCGAGCGGGGAUCCGAUAGAUUGGCGCUCAUCACCGGGCGCAUCCAAUCGCUGUCGCAGGACUCCGAGCAGUCUCGUAACCUAGCGUCUGUUCCACCGCAAACGCUUGCCGAUACUCCUCAAUUGGAAAACAAUGUAAUCCCAGAUUCAGCUUCGAUGAAUCAUGAGCCUGGUAAGAAACCUAGCCAGUUUGAGACCGUCGACGAGACAGAAAAUCCUUUACAACCAAACCUUGAAAAUUGUAAAAACAUAUUGUCUGGGGAAGCAUUGCUCGGUGUCACCAAAGAAUUAUCUCAAAUAUCAUCACAAACGCACGAUGGAAACAGGCACAGAGAUAUUACAUCUAGAGCAGUUGCCUUGCUUGGCAUCGAAAAGGAAUUAUCUCAGAUCGCUUCAUCCACAAAAAGUCUCUCUCAGGGCCAUAGCAGCUCACAGAACACAGCCCGUCGACUCCAAUCCGCCAUUGCAGCUACAGAAAACAUCCGAAUAUGUUCUUCUGCAGCAGCAGCGAUUUUAGUGCUCUUGUCCUGUGCAGGAUUUCCUAUCCCAGGCAGGUCCGUCGUACUUUUCAGACCUCUUUAUCUCCUUUUGGCGACAAAUGUAUCCAUCGUGUACGCUCGCUACACUACUAGAGGGACGGAUUCAAUAGCUCAACCGAUGAGCCGGAGCCAGCGUUGGGCUUCUGCAUUUGGCGCCGGCAGAGCCAUUGGGGUAGGCUUACUAUUCCAAUGCAUUCUUACAGCUUUAUUUAUGGACUUUGGCAUCUAUGCAAUCUUGCUCAUUUGUGGCCUUUCCUUAGUACACAGACUUGGGUAG